AUGCCAUUGAUAGCUACCAACCCUAAGCCACGGGUUAUCCUCGGCCUUAUGACCUUUGGCCCUGAUCCGGACACAGGUGCACGCAUCACCUCACUUGAUGAGUAUAAGACUUUUCUGGACCGCUUCCAGGCCGCCGGAUACACCGAGAUCGACACAGCUCGCUCUUAUGUUGGUGGUAAGCAAGAGGCUUUCACGGCCGCCGCGGGUUGGAAAGAGAGGGGCUUCACCGUAGCCACGAAAGUUUAUCCUGACAAGCCGGGAAAGCAUGCUCCCGACGUUCUUAUGGAGAAUUUCAACACCUCUCUCAAGGAACUCGGCACAGACUGUGUGGACAUUUUCUAUCUCCAUGCGGCCGAUCGCUCGGUACCAUUUGCGGAAACGCUCGAAGCCGUGAAUAAACUGCACAAAGAGGGGAAGUUUGUCAGACUGGGCCUUUCGAACUUCACAGCAUUUGAAGUGGCAGAGGUGGUCCUUACUUGCAGAUACAAUAAUUGGAUACGGCCCACUAUCUACCAAGGGAUGUACAAUGCUAUCACUCGCUCACUUGAGCACGAGCGCUACAUAUUCGCUGACGCCCUGUAUCCUGCAGUAAUUCCGGCUUGCAAGCGCUAUGGCCUCGAUGUUGUCGUCUAUAAUCCUAUUGCAGGUGGUUUGUUUUCUGGCAAGUACAAGAGCAAGGAUGUGCCGAAAGAGGGCCGCUACAGUGAUGCUGUGGGGCGCAUGGGCGAAUUGUACCGGAAGCGAUACUUCAAGGACUCGACCUUUGACGCUCUCACUAUUAUUGAGCCAGUUGUUCAGAAGCAUGGAUUAACUAUGGUGGAGACAGCGCUUCGAUGGCUUGUCAAUCACUCGGCUCUGAAUAUCAAGGACGGCAAUGAUGGGAUUAUCAUUGGAGUCAGUAGUCUGGAUCAACUGGCCGAGAAUUUGGAAGACUGUGAGAAGGGCCCAUUACCGCAAGAGUUACUUGACGCAUUGGACAAGGCAUGGAAGACCAGUCAACCAGAUACGCCGAACUAUUGGCAUCUGGACCUGAAAUACACCUACGACCCUAGGAAGGCGCUCUUUGGCAAGUAG